AUGAAGAUCUCAGGAGCUUCGCUGGACCUGAGCGCAACAGAAUAUGGAGUAACCCUGGACCCUAUGUUCACCAUGCUGGAGUUUGACGGUCUCCGUGUUCUCCCAGUACAAACAGAGUCACUUAUACCCAACCCAAUGCCUGCAUUAGUACCAACACUCGGUCUGCAGCAGAACAGUGUGAAUCUCUGUGCCAUCUGCGCAGACAGGGCAACAGGGAAACACUACGGUGCGUCCAGCUGCGAUGGAUGCAAGGGCUUCUUCAGAAGAAGCGUACGCAAGAAUCACGCCUACACAUGCAGGUUCAGCAGGCAGUGUGUUGUGGACAAAGACAAAAGGAAUCAAUGUAGAUACUGCAGACUUCGAAAGUGCUUCAGAGCUGGCAUGAGAAAAGAAGCUGUCCAGAAUGAGCGAGACCGUAUAAGCAGUCGCAGAGAAGCUCAAGGAGUGGGGACCCUCACCAUCGAUGUGUUAAUGCAGGCUGAGGCCUGCACACAUCAGCAUCCCUCUACUAACCCUAUGAGGAACAUCAAUGCUAAGAAGAUAGCCAACGUAGGAGACGUGUGUGAAUCUAUGAAAGAGCAGCUCCUCCUCCUAGUGGAAUGGGCGAAGCGCAUCCCUGAAUUCUGCGAGCUUUCCGUGGAUGACAGGGUGGCACUGUUAAGAGCUCACUCAGCAGAGCACCUCAUCUUAGGGGUCACUCGUCGUUCGCUGCCCUACAAUGACGUCAUUCUGCUUGGAAAUGACUUCAUCAUUCCUGUAAGAGGCAUCGAGCAGGAGAUGUCUAAACUAGCGACUCGUGUCUUGGAGGAGCUGGUGAGACCUCUGAAAGAGCUAAGCAUCACAGACACUGAAUUUGUCUGCCUCAAAACCAUCGUGUUCUUUGCUCCAGAUUGUCCAGGACUGCAGUGCGCCCAGGCGGUGCGCCAGUUGCGAUUUCAGGCCCAGCUGCUCCUGGAUGAGGCCACGAGCGAGCAGCGAGGGCGGUUCGGAGAGCUUCUGUUGUUGCUGACCACUCUUCAGAGUGUGGCCUGGCAGAUGGUGGAACAGCUGCAGUUAAUGCGUCUGCUGGGCAAAGCCAACGUGGACAGCCUGCUUAUGGAGAUGCUUCUUGGAGAAGAGGCAGCCAGAGGAUCGGAAUCACUGCAUGUCUCAGACUCAAAUCACGACCCACUUAUAUUCACCAUACCAACAGAGCCGGUUCUCACCAGAGAGAUUCUGCCAGAGCAUAUCACAAUGCCCAACUUCACCUCAGUCAUCCUCCCAGUACCCUCCUCUCUACCCGAAGAGCCUUUGCUACCCACACAUGCUGUGCCUGAGGUCUUCACACAUGGACAACUGGCAGACAUGCCAAGAGAAAUGGCCAACAGUCUCGCCAUCCCAACUGUCCACACAUGCCUUUAA